AAUUUUUUUUUAUACUGCUGCUAUCACCUUGCCUAGAUUUGCCUUACAUUCAAUCACAUAAAGUCAUGUAUUUACGAUAUCACCAUUAAAAGGUACAAAAUUGUAUAUAGCGAAAAAUUUAAAUUCUGGAAAAUAAAUUAAGUACACAUUGUGAAAAUCUGCAAGCAAAAGCUAUUAAAAUAGUUAUAGAUUUUGGCACCCGAGUGGAUAAUAGCAACAAAACAAUAAUCGAUAUGGUUGGAAUAAUUGACGAUACUUCUUUGCAUUAUCCCAUUGGAACGCGGAUUAAAGUUGGUGACAAUUAUGGUACCGUCAAAUACGUGGGCGAGGUAUCAGGAUAUACUGGCUCUUGGUUGGGCAUCGAAUGGGACAAUCCACAGCGUGGUAAACAUAAUGGAUGCGUCGAUGGCAGGCACUACUUCCAUACUCAACAUCCCAAUGCUGGUAGCUUUGUGCGUCCAGGUAAAAUUGGACCCGUCGAGUCCCUUGAAGAUGCGGCCAGGGAACGCUAUUUAGGUUACUCAGCUGAUAGCAGUUUGGAUGCAUCGUUGAUACGUGAAGCCCAACAAAAUAUGCAGGCGAGUUUCUUUGAGGUUGUAGGCAUGGAUAAAAUAGCACGCAAGCAAAGUAAAUUUGAACAAUUGUCAGAAGUCAGCGUCGAUAACUGUCCAAUAAAUUCCGCUGGCUACUUGAAGGAUUUUAAAAUGCUUACCACUUUAAAUGUCAGCACAACUCUUAUUUGGAAUUGGGAAAUUGUCGCCAACAUAUGCAAGCAAGUACCAACUUUAAUGGAUUUGAAUUUAAGCUGCAACCGCAUUGUAUUGCCAACAGAUGCACAAGUAAAAGAACUAGAACCGGCUUUCAGAACAUUGCAAUGUAUUAAUCUACGCAACUGCGGGUAUAAUGACUGGGCAGAUGUGAUACAGACCGCUAAAUUAUGGCCGCAAAUACAAGUUUUGGCACUACAAGAAAAUCCUCUAACUGAGCUGUGUGAAGUUAACUGCAAGGAAAUCUUCAAAAACUUAAGAGAAUUGGAUCUACAUCGUACGAAGAUAAUGGAUUUCGACCAAGUAUGCAAGUUAGGCAAUAUAAGUACACUGAAAAUAUUGAAUCUCAUGGAAAAUGGCAUAGAAGAAAUUAAGUUACCUGACUGUGAACCACAUGCAAAGUUACAGAUGUUUGUAGCAUUGGAGCGAUUAAAUUUACUCUACAAUCCCAUAUGGAAUGAAGCAGAUGCCUUUAAUGAGUUAGACAAACUGCUCAGAUUGAAACGUCUACAAAUAACACCUCAUUUAAAAUCUGAUUUUGACGAAAUGUUUUCGAAAGCUGUGGGUAUGAUAAACCAAUUGGAAAUGCUUAAUAAGAUCGAAGUAAGUUCAGAGGCUCGCCGUGAUGCAAGCUAUGAUAUAUGGAAACGGUAUGCUAUGGAAUGGCUGCAGGCAGCAGAGAAACCAGAACUCCUACACGAUUUCUAUAAAAAACAUCGUACAUACGCAGAUAUAAUAAAACGGUAUGGCUCACCAGCAGAGUUCGUGGUGCGACCCAAUACAAAGAAAUCCAAUUUGAUAAAGAUUCGUGUACUUAACCAACAAAAUGGAGAGAUUUGGGAAAAACGCGUACCACGCAUGAUUACAGUGCAAACUUUGCAGGGCUUGAUUGCAAAACAUUUUCAACAAGUUACCGCUGCAGUUGCCAGUCUGCCGCAGCUGUCCUAUAUUGAUGCCAAAUAUCCGGAACUCGUUGUACCGAUGGACAAUAGCGCCAAGACAUUAGAUUUCUAUAGCGUGCAGGAAGGCGACACAGUCAUUGUAAAAUAAUUAUAAUAUGGGUUUGCAAAAAGACACAUCGCUUGCUUAGUAUGGAUUAACAUUCGUUUGUUCAAAAGUUUUUCUGGCACAGUUUAACUUCAAAAUUGUAUUGUAUUUAUGUAUAAAUAACUAAAUGGAACUGAUUUUCUUUUUUCCCCUUAUUAAUAAUAUACAAUUAUACUUAUAAAUUA